AUGCGCCUUCUGCGACGCAAUGACGAUGACGAGUUCAGCUUCGAAGAGUUCUUCGGCGGGCAUUUGCCGCCCUAUGCCAUCUUGUCUCACUUUUGGGGAAAUGAGGAAGUGGGGUUUCAAGAAAUAAGGAACGGCAUAGGGAAAGACAAGAAAGGCUACAAAAAACUUAGAUUCUGCGGGGAACAGGCUGCCAGAGAUGGCCUCCAAUACUUCUGGGUAGACACCUGCUGUAUCGACAAGUCGAGCAGCGCAGAGCUCACCGAAUCCAUCAACUCCAUGUUUGCUUGGUAUCACAAGGCUACCCGUUGCUAUGUGUAUCUUUCCGACGUUUCGACCGUUGCUGGAUUACGUCAAAGCAGAUGGUUCACACGAAGAUGGACGCUUCAAGAACUCAUCGCUCCUGCUUCGGUGAAGUUUUUCUCCACAGAGGGAAAAUUCAUUGGCGAUAAAACUUCGUUGUUACAGGAUAUCCACGAGAUUACCGGUAUUCCCGCUGCAGCUUUACAAGGAACACCUUUGUCUCGGUUCAGUGAGGCUGAGCGAAUGUCAUGGGUAAAGAAUCGCAUGACAACGCGCGCAGAGGAUGCAGCAUAUUCUUUAAUGGGCAUGUUUGGUGUAAACAUGUCGGUGUUAUAUGGGGAGGGGAAAGAGAACGCUUUUCGUCGGCUUCUAAGGAAGAUACAAAAAUCAUCCCGGUCUACUGUCCUGAUGGGCGAUGGCCAACCUGUAAGAACUGUUGAGACGUAUGAUGUUCUUUCUCAGCACAUACGUGACACCUUCACUGAUGCCAGAGGGUCAACAACACCGGACUCGGAUUCCGAUGACGGAAGCGAGAUCGACAGCAUCUUUUCAGACGGCGAAUCAUCCAUCUCUUCCGCAUCAACUGCCAGCCGGAAUCCGGUCCAAACAAUUGGAAUUCGUGAAGUUUCUAGAGCGCUGCUGGGCGAUAAAGAGCUGGAAGCCAUAUAUACUCUCGCUGUCUCUAGUGUAGAGCCAAAGAAGGCGCGCUCGCAUAUUCGGGGCUUUCUCCGGGAUUAUGGCCGGAACCUUCUCAAGGAAACUUCAGAUAGUGAUCUUGCGAUCCAAGCUGCCAAGUUCGUACGUGAAUUGGCCGGUCGCAUAACCGAUGAGAUCAUCUGGAGCAUAACUGGAUCUUCCGAAAUCCCACACCAACCGAAAAGCAGGGUCGAAAAGCAGGGACUGGAGACAUGGCUCUCAACUAUCCACGGUAGCAGCAUCGUUGAAGAACAGCAUCUACCUGCCUCGAGAGCAGAUGACGAUGAGGAGGAGGAAGACGGAUCUGAUGAAGAGCUCGACGAGGACCUGCUAUUUCCUAAUAUUGAUAAAGUGAAGGGGUUCCUUAUCAAUUCCGAUGCCUUCCGAGGACUUGUACUGGCCAUGCAGACUUGGUUGAAGAUCGAUGGUGUUGAUCGAAAAAAUGUAGUCCAAUCGAUGACGGACACACCAAAACCAACCGAUAGCAUGGUGGUGGCUGAAGACAUGCACAGAGAGACGAUAGUUUCUAUCGAGGACCAAGAGCAAGCUGACUCAACAAAUGAAGCGCCUCCUACGGUGAUCGAGGUCUACCAGCAGCAGGAUGCGGCACAAGAACAGAUUCGAAGAACUCGAUCUCGCCAACGUGGCGGCAGUUUAAGGGACUUGGUUUCGAGUCUCUUGAACUUCUGGGGUAUAUCCUUUUACGUUUACGAUAUUGUGGAACUAUUCGUUCCUCACGUUCCUCGGGGUUAUAGGAGACUACGUUGGCGUUGUUCCUGCAACACUAUCCUCUGGGGUGAUUUUCCUGUCGAGGACACCGAGGCCUUUGGUCAACUUAAACAGCAGUUGUCCUGUAUGCGAGACCCUCUCGUUCGACAUGUACCUACGAGUGGUAUAUCGACAACGCAGGCGACCGGAGUUUCCGGCUCUGGAGCUACUGGAUCCGCGCCGUCGACACAAACAUCUUCAGCUGGUCCACCUUCAGGCUUCGCUAAUACACCACAUGCUGGCAACGCCCAGAAUAUCGUGAGUUCUACGGCUUCCGGAUCAGACUAUGUAGUGGAGAUCACCUCACCGUUCAAGUAUUUCGAAGUUUGCGUGAGUACGGGAAACCAUGCUAUCGAUCACCAUGAGGUCGAUAUUUCACGCAUCAAUUCGGACAACGAGCUAUUUGAGAUGAUAUGGGACAAGUACAAUAUCAGUCGCGGUAUUGGCCUGCGGCGACUUUUCCUGCGGCCUAGCGACGUGAACUUUGUUAUGUUCUCCGUCAGUCAGCGCAACCAGUACGGAGCUGGUAUCCACAAGAAGCCCGAUGAGUUCCCACCACAAGAGGAACUGGACGAAAAGCGCUACCACUACCUUUGCCCUCGAAUCAGGAUGCCGGUCAACGUCUUUCUUCACUAUCUGCAUCGAGCGAGAUGGAACAUAUGGGGCGAGCAUAUGGAAAAUAUCUGGCUCCAACGUAUACCCAAGAAGCUCGAUAGGGAUUUGAUCGCUGAGGCCCAGCAGGCGAAGGGUAAUGCGCCUGCGAACGAAGACCUUGCGUUCGGAUGGGGAGUACACAUCAUUGAAGGUCCAAAUCACGCUGUACUUGGUCUUCUACUAGCUAUCGGAGUAGCUGUCGCUUUUAUUGUCUCCGGAAUGAUCGUGGGGUUUGCGAAAACACAAGAGCAAGGCUUUGGAGUCGGGAAUUUUCUUCUUGCAAUCCUUGCUAGUGCUAUGACUGCUGUAUAUUUUCAGCUUCAGGAUUGA